AUGUCAAGCCUCAACAUCGGAUUGGUCAAGUCGAUCGCAGUCAUAGGAGGCGGCCCCUGCGGUGCAGCUGCAAUCAAGGCGCUUCUAAAAGAACCGGCCUUCGAUUGUGUGCGCGGGUUCGAGAGGCGCGCAGGCUCAGGCGGGCUCUGGAACUACCACGACUCCCGCGCCGGGCCAGAGCCUGUCGCAGGUCCGUCCCUCGAUCCGCACAGCCCAGAUCUCGUCAAGCCUCACAAGCUGGCCCCCAACCAGUACGUCUGGCCCAGCGCCAUCUACGAGCUGCUCGACACAAAUGUGCCCCGUCAGAUCAUGGAGUACAGUGGCUUCCCGUUUCCGAAAGGUACGCCGCUGUUUCCUACCAAACAGCAGGUGCUGGACUAUUUCAAGGAGUACGCCAGGGACGCAGAGCCUCACAUCCGGUUCAACACAAACGUCGUGUCUGUGAGGUACCGGCCAGACGAAGGUAAAAGGUGGCAUGUCACACACCGUCCCGUGUGCGACGAGACGGAAGGUGGACUAAAACCUUCGGCCGCCCAUCCUGACGAAACGGAGCAUUUUGACGCCGUGCUGGUCGCCUCGGGCCACUACGAGCUGCCGUACGUGCCCGAGAAGAAGGGACUGGCCGAGUGGACGUCCAAAUACCCCGGCUCUGUGUCGCACUCGAAACAUUUCAGACACCCGCGACAGUUUGCGGACGUGCCGGGGAAACUGCUCAUUGUGGGCAACUCGGCGUCGGCACUGGACCUCGCGUACCAAACGGCGACGAUAUUGCAGCGCGACGUGUACAAGAGCGCCAGGUCGCAGGCAAUGCUCCCGGGCGGAAGCAGCGACUACAUCAAAACCGUGCCGGACAUCGAGCGUUUCGAGCCAGAAACAAAGUCGGUCAGGCUCACCGACGGGUCGGUGCUCGACAACGUCGGCCACGUCCUGUUCGCCACGGGAUUUCUCAGACACUACCCGUUUCUCGACGAGAUCAACAAAUCGUCCACGCCGGUAGUCACCGACGGCCUCAGACUCCACGGCUUAUAUAAGCAAUGUGUCAGCUACAAUUUCCCCGGGCUCGCCUUCAUCGCCACGCCGCGGUACAUUCUGCCGACCAGAGUGGGGGAGGCGCAGGCGAUCUGGCUGUCCAAGAUCUUCCAGGGCAAGCUGGCACUGCCCAGCGUUGAGGAAAUGAGGGCCGACGAGGAGAACACCGUGAGGCUGCGCGGCGACUCGCCCAAAUUCCACAAUCUGAUGUAUCCCGACGACGUUCACUACGCACACGAGCUGAACCAGCACGUGUACUCGACGCCGGACUGGCAGAGCGGGCUGGUUCCCUGCGAAUGGAGCCACGAGGACAUUUUGUACCGCGCGUCGGCCGUGAAGAUGAAGGAGGCGUAUCUCAAGUACCGCGAGCUGACCAAUGGCAAGCGCGCGACAAGCGUUGAGGAGCUACAGCACGCGGUCGAUUUUAGGUUUGAGGACGUGGACUGGACAGAGUUUAAGCUGUGA